GACUCUUCAAGCUUCAUUCCGAUCAUUAUUUUGGUCCAGUACCUCUUGUUCGAAGCAUAAUGAUAGCCAAGCUCACCACUCCAUACAGCUUCCUGGACGACUACAGCGAAGGGGCUCAUCCGCGCCUGCUGGAAGCCCUCAUCCGUACAAACUCCACACAACAGACCGGAUAUGGCUCAGACGAAUACUCACAAGAGGCCCGGCAACUACUGCUCACACAACUCAAUGCGACGGAAGACGAGGUCUCGAUUCACUUUGUGCCCAGCGGGACUGCGGCAAAUUUGAUCUCAAUCGCUAGCUGUCUGCGGCCAUACGAGGCUGUCCUGGCAGUGCAGACCGGACACAUUAUCGACAAGGAGGCAGGCGCAAUUGAGGCGACGGGGCACAAGAUCAUCCCGGUCCCUGGAGUACGGGGUAAAAUGACUCCUGGGAACCUUGAGACCGUCCUGAGUCAGAACACAUUCUUCCCGCAUAUGGCCAAGCCGAGAUUGGUUUAUAUUUCCAAUGCAACCGAACUAGGGACGGUCUAUUCCAGACAAGAGCUGAAAGAGCUGUCAGAUCUCUGCCGACGGCGCGACCUCCUGAUGCUUGUUGACGGAGCGAGAAUGGGAGUGGCAUUGACGGCCGAGGUUAAUGAUGUCGCACUGCGCGACCUGGUGGAUUACACGGACAUUUUCUGGAUUGGAGGGACCAAAAUGGGGGCAUUGUUUGGCGAGGCCAUUGUGGUUCGCAGAGCCCUGGCAGAGGGAUUUGAGUUUCACAUGAAGCAGCGAGGGGCAUUGAUGGGCAAGUCAAGAGUGCUGGGAGUUCAAUUUAGUGAGCUCUUUCGAGAUGGACUGUUCUUUGAGCUGGCUAGACACGCGAAUGCGAUGGCAAGGCGGAUUGCAGACCAGUUUGUGCGGAUGGGAUGGGAGUUGACCGCGGAGACAGAGACGAACCAGGUGUUUGUGAUCGUGCCGGACACGAAGCUGCCGCAGCUGGAGGAGAGGAUUCGGUUUUACGCGUGGCAGAGACGAACACAGACGCAGAGCACCGUCAUCCGCAUCGUGACUUCGUGGGCGACCGACGAAUCACAGGUGGACCGCUUGUGUGAGUGGAUUAGUCAGAAUUAAUGCAGACAUAACAUACAUAAUCAAAGCCUAUCAUUAUUCCCGAUCUCCAAGUUGCUUUUUCC